AUGGACAUCAGCUGGUUACUGGACUUCCGCUAUGACAACACCACACUCGGCAGUGCCCGCUCAGCAACUGCCCACACCGUGGCCUCCCUCUUGGAGCUUGCCUGCAUCUACUUGGCCCUCAUCCUGCACGAUGAUGAGAUGACUGUCAUGGAGGAUAAGAUCAAUGCCCUCCUUAAAGCAGCAGGUGUAAAUGUUGAACCUUGCUGGCCUGGCUUGUUUACAAAGGCCGUGACCAAUGUCAACAUCGGGAGCCCCAUCUGCAAUGUAGGGGCUGGUGGACCCGCCCCAGCAGCUGGUGCUACACCAGCAGGAGGUCCUGCUCCCUCCACCAGGUCUGCCCCCACUGAGGAGAAGAAAGUGGAAGCAAAGAAAGAAGAAUCAGAGGAGUCUGAUGAUCACAUGCGCUUUGGUCUUUUUGACUAA